UUUUCCAUAAUUCAAAAGACUUGUACAAUUAAAAAUUUGGGGUUAUUGAAUGAAAGACAUGUUCUUCAAUUCUUGCUUUUUGGGCUGCUUUGUCUCUGUCUCAGUGUCUCUGUCUCGAAACACCCAUUAGAGAUCAUCAUCUCUCUUCUUAUCUGUCUUUUUUACUCUUAGCUGGUUUCUUCUUCUUCUUUAACCCUUUUUCGCUCUAAUUUGCAAUAUCUUCUUUUUCCAUGUAUUUCCCCAAAUCUUAAUCUUAACUCUUCAGAUUCAAAAGUUUCAAUUUUUCCUCCUACCAAAAACCCCAAAUCUCAUCUCUUCAAAAACCCAAUUUCAUAAAAAUCUCACCUUUGGAAUUAGAGAUCAAAAAAAAAAAAUGUCAGUAGCUUGUGGACUAGAAUGCGUAUUCUGCGUAGGAUUCAGUCGGUGGAUAUGGAAACGAUGCACACACGUAGGCUCCGACGACAGUGCCACAUGGACAUCAGCAACACCCGAAGAGUUCGAACCAAUCCCAAGGAUCAGCCGCGUGAUCCUCGCCGUCUACGAACCCGAUCUCAGAAACCCAAAAAUCUCACCUUCACUUGGAUCCUUCGAUCUAAACCCUGACUGGGUCAUCAAACGUGUGACCCACGAAAAAACCCAAGGCAGAUCUCCACCUUACAUCAUCUACGUCGACCACAAUCACCGUGAGAUCGUACUAGCCAUCCGUGGCUUGAACUUAGCUAAAGAGAGCGAUUACAAGAUUCUAUUAGAUAACAAGUUGGGUCAGAAGAUGCUCGGUGGUGGGUUCGUGCAUCGUGGGCUUUUGAAAUCUGCGGCUUGGGUUCUGAAUCAAGAGUCUGAGACGCUUAGGAGAGUUUGGGAAGAAAAUGGUAAAGAGUACGAUUUGGUUUUCGCUGGUCACUCUUUGGGGUCUGGUGUUGCGGCGUUGAUGGCGGUUUUGGUUGUGAAUACUCCGGCGAUGAUCGGUUGUAUUCCGAGGAGUAAGAUUCGGUGUUUUGCUUUGGCUCCGGCGAGGUGUAUGUCUCUUAAUCUCGCCGUUAAGUAUGCUGACGUCAUCUUCUCCGUUAUUUUACAGGAUGAUUUUUUACCAAGAACAGCGACACCAUUAGAGGAUAUAUUCAAGUCACUAUUCUGCUUGCCUUGCUUGUUGUUUCUAGUUUGUUUGAGGGACACUUUUAUACCGGAAGGUCGGAAACUAAGAGAUCCUAGAAGACUUUAUGCUCCCGGUCGAAUUUAUCAUAUCGUUGAGCGAAAAUUUUGCAGAUGUGGAAGGUUUCCUCCUGAAGUGAGAACAGCGAUUCCAGUGGAUGGUAGAUUUGAACAUAUUGUAUUAUCGUCGAAUGCAACGUCUGAUCAUGCUAUUCUAUGGAUUGAAAGAGAAGCAGAAAAGGCAUUGCAGAUAUUGAGAGAGAAGAGUUCAGAGACAGUGGUAACAGUGCCACCAAAAGAGAAGAGAAUGGAGAGGCUUAACACUUUAGAGAAAGAGCACAAAGAUGCAUUGGAGAGAGCGGUGAGUCUAAAUAUCCCUCACGCAGUGUCCACCGCGGAAGAAGAAGAAGAAUGUAGUAAUGGAGAAGCAUCCGCGGAGUCAAAAACGAAGAAGAAGAAUUGGGAUGAAGUUGUGGAGAAGCUUUUCCAUCGAAGCAAUUCUGGAGAAUUCGUAUUCAACGACAAUGUUGCUCCUGAGAGGUAGUCUUAUGCCGGGUUGAUAGUGAUUGGAUCAAGUUUGGUUUUGUAUAUUCGAUUCUAGGUUUUAUAGAUGUGUGAGAGUGUCUAUAUAAUCCGGUUACAUUUGUCCGAGACAAUAAAAUUUUGUCCCAACUGCUCAAAAUCUGGUGUCAUUUUCCAAACUACUCAUAAUUGCUGGAAGUAACUUUGAAGAGUUUCAAUAGGUAAAACUUAAGAAGACUAGAUUCUAAACAAUUUUCAUUUACUUUACACAAUCAAACUCCAACAAACCACAAA